AUGUCUGUUUUCAUGAGGCCGUGGACCUGUAACUCAGUCCAUGAGGCAGAUGCCUUCACAGUAACAGUCUGGAGAGAAAGGCCAGGGGUAGUCCUAGAAAGCCUUUGGUCCUCAGUACACAUUGGAAAGUCAAAGCAGCAGAGUUCUCAUCGAGUACUCAACACCAACAUCGAUGGGCGGCGGAAAAUAGCCUUUGCGAUCACUGCCAUUAAGGGUAUGGGGCGGAGAUAUGCUCAUGUGGUGUUGAGGAAAGCAGACAUUGACCUCACCAAGAGGGCUGGAGAACUCACGGAGGACGAGGUGGAACCUGUGAUCACCAUCAUGCAGAAUCCACGACAGUACAAGAUCCCAGACUGGUUCUUGAACAGACAGAAGGAUGUGAAGGACGGGAAGUACAGCCAGGUUCUGGCCAAUGGUCUAGACAGCAAGCUUCGGGAGGACCUGGAGCGUCUGAAAAAGAUUAGAGCCCACAGUGGGCUGCGCCACUUUUGGGGCCUUCGUGUCCGAGGUCAGCACACCAAGACCACUGGCCGCCGGGUCCGUACUGUGGGUAUUUCCAAGAAGAAAUGAGUCCCAUUUUUUAUAAUCAAUAAAACAAUUCCUCGGGCACAUUGCUUAAAGUUACUCUGAUCUCAGAAAUCCCUCAGAGGUAUGCCCAGAGCCACUUCUCAUGUGUGACUCUGUAUCCUGUUCAUAGCAUGAACUAUCACAAAUAAGCUAUAUUUCCUUGCUUCCUACACUGGGCAAACCUACUAAAUUUUAGUAAAUCUCCUUAUAGAGACAGACAAUGACAAUAUAAUGAAAAUGG